UCCCAGCACGUGCUGUAACUUCGUGACAACAACAUAACAGAAAACAGGUUUCCGGGAUAAUGCAAGCAAACCUAAGAUUCAUGUGCCCAUUGCAAGAUACCAAAAUCACAGAAGAAGGAGGCAACAGGGGUGGAGGCGCAGGCAAUGGCGGCGGUGGUGUCGAUGGCGGCAGUGGUGGUCGUGAUGGCGGCGAGGCAACGGAGAAGAUGAUGGCGAAGGUGGUGGCAAUGGUGGCGAAGGCGGUGGUGAUGGUGAUGGCAACAGUGACGGAGACGAUGAGAGCGAAGACUGUGGUGGUGGUGACAUUUGAUGUGGCAAUAUCGGUAGCAAUGUUGGUGGCGACGACGGUGGCCAUUACAGCGGAUGGCAAUGGGCGAUGGCAGAGGGUGGUGCAGGGCAGCGGAUGGAUGACAGAGGGCAGAGGGCGGGAAGCGGCAGGAGGCGGUGGCAGGCAGGAAAUGGCGGACGGCGGGAAGUGGUGGAAAUCAGAGGGCAGUAACGCGGGACAUAAGGCGAUGGCGGAGGGCGGCGAGUGGAUGGCAGAGGGCAGAGGGCAUGCAGCGCUAGCUUCCCGCCCUCCUCCGCUUCCCACCCUCCGCCAUCGCCCUCCACCCUCUGCCAUCACCCUCUAAGCUCCACCGCUUCCUCUCCUUUGCCACUUCCCGCCCUCCGCCGCUUCCCACCUUCGGUCGCUUUCCGCCCUCCACCUCCUCCAUCCACCCGCCGCCCUCCGCCAUCGCCCGUUACCCUCCGCCAUAAUCCAUUCGAUAACAUAAUCGAUCUGAUUGCAAAAUUGUGCGGCACAAACGAGU